AUCUGAGGCAGAUACCAAAAGUUCUUGCGUCUACUUCAAGUUUGGAACGUGCUCACAAGUCACCGCAUCAUUGAUAAUAACCUAAAAGAAAAAAUCUGCACGAUUCAAGUUUGAGAUGCACAAUUGAGGGCUUUCAUUUCAACACUUCGCAUCUCCUUCAGUGCUGAUCCGAACGGAACCUUCACUUCUGUUUUCUGCGUCGUCGUUUUGUACCUCAUUCUCCAAUUCAAGGAUAAAGGAAGGUAUGAUGAAAGAAAGUUCCAAGGGAAAAUGUGGAUCUUCCUCCCAUCAAUCCAUGAAAGAGAAGGAAAAACACCUUGUGGAUAAAAUUCAAGGGAUUUUCACCAAUCUUCAGUCUGCAAGAAAGGAAGGAAGGACUAAUGACAUUGUGAUCUUUGAGGAGCAGAUGCAUCAGUUGCUCCGCGAGUGGAAAGCGGAACUGGAGUCUCCGACCACCUCCUUAGCUGAUGGAAGCCUUGAUUCGUUUACUAGCGAACUUGCCCAACUGUUGCAAGUAAUUGAGGAGAAAGAUGAUGCUAUUAGUCCAUUAACAAAACCUGAGCCAUUGAAGACCGAGCUCCAUCCAAAUAACAUUAGUGAUAACAAUUAUUCGUUUUUUCAGGAGAAAUGUUUUGAUGAUAACCAAACACUAGAUCAUACUUUCGAAGGCUCUGCUUCAACUCUGUACAACCAUGCUCUUAAUAACUCAGAUAUGACACAGUUGGAUUAUCAUCCAUUCAGUUUAAAUCAAGAUUUGAAUCACAACACAGGUCACAACUCUGAUUUGAUUGGUCAGUUUGAUUUAUACCAGGAACUCAGGUACAACACACAAGUAAAAAACUCACAGUCAACUCAAUUUACUUUUGAAGAAGGCUUUGAUUGUAGCCAGUUUUUUGGAGCUGAUGACACUGUGCAGUGUGGAGAGAAUAUUAUACCUAACAUUCUUCCAAAUAUCCGCCCACCACCUUCUGCUUUUUUAGCCCCAAAAUGUGCACUGUGGGACUGUUUCAGACCUGCCCAAGGGGUAGAAUGGUGCCAGAACUACUGUAGUAGUUGUCAUGAGCUUUUGGCAAAUAGUGAGGGUCUUCCUGGCAUGACUCCAAUUUUGCGACCUGGAGGCAUUGGUGUAAAAGAUGGUCCUUUGUUUGCUGCUGUUCUUGCAAAGACGCAGGGAAAAGAAGUGGGCAUCCCUAGUUGCGAAGGCGCUGCUUCAACUAAAUCACCCUGGAAUGCUUCAGAGUUCUUUGAUCUUUCCUUUCUUGAGGGUGAAACUGUUAGGGAGUGGCUCUUCUUUGACAAGCCUAGAAGGGCAUUUGAAAGUGGAAAUAGGAAACAGAGAUCACUCCCAGAUUACAGCGGGCGUGGUUGGCAUGAAUCAAGGAAACAGGUGAUGAAGGAACAUGGGGGACAAAAGAGGUCCUAUUACAUGGAUCCACAGCCUCUUAGUUAUCUUGAGUGGCAUUUGUAUGAGUAUGAAAUCAAUAACCAUGAUGGUUGUGCAUUAUACAGACUAGAAUUAAAGCUUGUGGAUAAAAAGAGAAGUCCUAAAGGAAAAGUGACCAAGGAAUCCCUAACUGAUUUACAGAACAAGAUGGGAAAGCUUAGUGCUGCUGUUCCAUCAUUCGAUGAUGGACACCCAAUCAAGGGAAAAACAAAGGCCAAGUCUGAGAACAUUGAAUCUCCUGAAAAGUAAAUUAAUAGCUCGUUGAGUAAUUUAACCGAAUGACUGACCAACUUGUACAUAUUUGAGUAUGGAUAACAGCAUGCAGAAAUUUCUGUCAUUCUCAGAACAAGGUAACAUGCCAAUAUCAGUUUCUUGUGGUAGAAGAGGCUCAAAUUCUUGUCCAAUGAAUUUAUUGUUAGUCUACUUUUAGAUAUUAGCAUUAUGUUAAGUCUACUCAUAAGGAACUCAAUGUAUGCUACAUAGAUUAAAAGAUAGAUCUAUUCUGUAAGAAGAUUCUGCAUGCUUUCUGAUGGAUCAGUGGCACUUUCAUUUGUUGGCUAUCACCCAAAUUUCUGACAUACUCUUAAAAUUUAGUUGCAUUAAGUUGCUUGUACAUGUUCUCUAUUGGUGGGAUUAGUUUUAUUACCAGUACCACUGCUGCAAUUCCAUGAGGAAUGCAAAAUAGAACCUGUGUAUAUAUAUAUGCAAGCACUUUGUUGCCUUUUCUUGAAUGAGACAUCACUGCUCAUGAUUUUUAU